AUGGGAGCGCAGCAGCGCAUGGACGGAGGACGAGCAGCUGCUUGCAAAGUGCUCCUCUUACUCGUUGCCUGCCUAUUCAAAGGGAGCUGCCAAGGAUGUGAGCAAGGCCAAUUUCGUUGUGGAAAUGGACGCUGCAUUCCCGAGGACUGGAGAUGUGAUGGAGCAAGAGACUGUUCUGAUGACACGGACGAAGCCGGCUGUCCGCAUCCAAGCUGUGAAGGAAACCAGUUUCAGUGUCACAGUGAUGGAGAAUGCAUUCCUCAGACAUGGGUCUGUGAUGAUGAAGAAGAUUGUGACGAUGGCUCUGAUGAACAUCAGCAAUGUCCUGGGAGAACCUGCUCCAGUCAGCAGUUUACCUGUUCCAAUGGACAGUGCAUCCCAAGUGGCUACAGGUGUGACCAUGUCAGCGACUGCACAGAUGGAACAGAUGAAAGAAGCUGCCAAUACCCAACCUGUGAUCAGCUGACUUGUUCUAAUGGAGCCUGUUUUAAUUCAAGUCAACGCUGUGAUGGCAAAGUGGAUUGCAGGGAUUCUUCAGAUGAAACUAACUGCACCCAUGGAUGUUCCAGUACUCAGUUUCAAUGUAGCAAUGGGGAUUGUAUCCCCCGAGCCUUUAUUUGUGACCAUGAUGAUGACUGUGGAGACAGGAGCGAUGAAAACUCUUGCACAUAUGCAACUUGCAAAGGGAAUUUCUACACCUGCCCAAGUGGUCGCUGUAUUCAUCAAAGUUGGAUUUGUGAUGGGGACGAUGACUGUGAAGAUAAUGCAGAUGAAGUUGGAUGCGAGAGCGGCCACCGAGAUUGUUAUCCAGGUGAAUGGGCCUGCCCUGUAUCAGGACAGUGUAUUCCCAUUGACAAAGUUUGUGAUGGGACUCCAGAUUGCUCUGCUGGGGAAGAUGAGACAAAUGUAACAGCUGGCAGACAUUGCAAUAUAUCUCAGUGUGCAACUUUAAGCUGCCAAUAUCGUUGUCACUCAUCCCCCACUGGGGGAACAUGCUAUUGUCCUGCAGGAUAUGUCAUCAGCAACAAUGACAGUCGCACUUGUGUAGACUUUGAUGACUGCAAAAUGUGGGGCAUUUGUGACCAAGAAUGUGAAGAUCGUGUUGGUCACCAUCACUGUCGGUGUGCCGAAGGGUAUGUUCUGGAGCAUCACCGUCAUUGCCGAGCCAAUACCUCAUCUGGAGCUGCCUCUAUCAUUUUUUCCAAUGGCCGUGAUUUAUUAAUUGGGGACAUUCAUGGAAGAGGUUUUCGAACUCUGGUACAAUCCCGAAAUCGUGGAGUGGCUGUUGGUGUGGACUUCCAUUUUCAGCUGCGUAGAAUAUUUUGGACUGAUACGGUGCAAGAUAAGGUUUUUUCUGUCAACCUUGAUGGCUCAGAUAUCUAUGAAGUUUUAAAUAUUUCAGUUGACACACCAGAAAACCUUGCAGUAGACUGGAUUAACAACAAACUGUAUAUAGUGGAGACCAGCGUCAACCGAAUCGAUUUGGUAAAUUUGGAUGGAACCAACCGGGUAACUUUGAUUGCAGAAAGUUUAGGGAACCCUAGAGGAAUAGCUGUUGAUCCUACUGUUGGUUAUUUGUUUUUCUCAGAUUGGGAUAGUCUUUCAGGUGAUCCUAAAGUAGAAAGAGCCUUUAUGGAUGGAACAAAUCGUCUGGACUUGGUUAAAACAAAGUUGGGAUGGCCAGCUGGGAUAACUUUGGAUAUUGUAUCAAAGAGACUCUACUGGGUAGACAGCCGAUAUGAUUAUAUUGAAACGGUGACCUAUGAUGGGCUUCAGAGGAAAACGGUUGCUCAUGGAGGCUCAUUGAUUCCACAUCCCUACGGAAUAAGUCUUUUUGAACAUUCUGUGUAUUUUACCGACUGGACAAAAAUGGCAGUGAUGAAAGCCAAUAGAUUUGCAGAUUCUAACCCGCAAGUGCUUUUUCAGUCUUCCUUGCGUCCCUACGGAGUGACAAUUUAUCACGCUUUCCGACAGCCACGUGUAAGAAAUCCUUGCGGUGUUAAUAACGGUGGAUGUGAACAGAUUUGUGUUCUCAGUCACAGAACAGACAAUGAUGGUCUCGGCUACCGCUGCAAAUGCAUGUUGGGCUUUGACUUGCAUGCUGAUGGACGACGCUGCAUUGUGGUGCAGCAGUUUCUGCUCUUCUCCUCCCAGUUUUCCGUGCGUGGAAUCCCAUUCAAUCUUUCCACUCAGGAAGAUGUAAUAAUUCCUGUAUCAGGAAGUUCUUCUUACUUUGUGGGAAUUGAUUUCUAUGCCCAAGAGGACACUAUAUUUUAUUCAGACACCACUAAAGAUAUAAUCUAUAAACAAAAAAUUGAUGGCACAGGUAGGGAAAUCCUUGCAGCCAACCGAGUGGAGGGAGUUGAAGAUUUGGCUUUUGACUGGAUCUCAAAGAAUAUCUAUUGGACAGACUCUCGGUAUCGGAGUAUUAGCGUUAUGAAGCUAGCUGACAAAUCAAGACGAGCUAUUCUUCAAAAUUUGAAUAAUCCUCGAUCAAUCGUAGUUCAUCCAGUUAUUGGAUAUAUAUUUUGGACAGAUUGGUUCCGCCCUGCUAAGAUCAUGAGAGCCUGGAGUGAUGGAUCCCAUGCCUCACCAAUUGUAAACACGACACUAGGAUGGCCUAAUGGCUUAGCUAUUGAUUGGAGUUCCUUAAGGCUUUAUUGGGUGGAUGCCUUCUUUGAUAAAAUUGAGCACAGUACUUUUGAUGGGUUAAACAGAAGGUCACUUGAACGCAUUAGUCAGAUGACACAUCCAUUUGGUCUCACUAUCUUUGGAGGUUAUGCAUACUUUACAGAUUGGAGGCUUGGUGGAAUAGUUCGAGUUCGAAAGUCUGAUGGAGGCGAAAUGGUUGUUAUCAGAAGAGGAAUCAGUAACAUAAUGCAUGUGAAAGCGUACAACGCUAACUCUCAAAUAGGCUCCAACUACUGCAACAGAGCAACAAAUCCUAACGGGGACUGCAGCCAUUUCUGUUUCCCAGUCCCCAAUUUUCAGAGGGUUUGUGGCUGCCCUUAUGGAAUGAAGCUGAGUUCCAAUCAGAUCACCUGUGUGGAAGAUCCAUCCAAUGAGCCCCCCACUUUACAAUGUGGUUCUUACUCCUUUUCUUGUGGCAACGGCCGAUGCGUGCCCAGGUUCUAUCAGUGUGAUGGUGUGGAUGACUGCCAUGACAAUACUGAUGAACAAAACUGUGGAUCCUUAAAUAAUUCUUGUGCUACAUCAGCCUUCACCUGUAGAAAUGGCCAGUGCAUUCCCAGUCGGUGGCGAUGCGAUAAGCAUAAUGAUUGCCUGGAUAAUAGCGAUGAACUUCAUUGCCCUACACAGGGCCCAACGUCAUGCCCCACAAGCUUGUUCACGUGUGAUAACAGCAAAUGCAUUCCCAAACUCUGGCUUUGUGAUACUGAUAAUGAUUGUGGUGACGGGUCAGAUGAAAAGAACUGCACCUUCACAGAUGGAUGUGAACUCGGUCAGUUUCAGUGUCCUGAUCACAGAUGCAUUGACCCAUCUUACGUUUGUGAUGGAGAUCAGGAUUGUGUGGAUGGAGCAGAUGAACAUGAUUGCAUCUACAACUGUAGUUCUACUGAGUUUAAGUGUGCAAGUGGAAACCAGUGUAUUAGGAACUAUUACCGGUGCGAUGGUGUUUUUGACUGCAGCGAUCAUUCUGAUGAGGCUGGUUGUCCUACGAGACCUCCUGGAAUGUGCCACCAGACUGAAUUCCAGUGUCAAUCAGAUGGCAACUGUAUCCCAGCUAGUUGGGAAUGUGAUGGUCACCCAGAUUGCGUGGAUGGCUCUGAUGAGCAUCAUAGAUGUCCACCUAGGACCUGUCCUCCUUCUUAUUUCCGCUGUGAUAAUGGAAACUGCAUCUUUCAAGCUUGGGUCUGUGAUGGUGACAAUGAUUGCCGGGAUAGGAGUGAUGAGAAGGACUGUCCAACCCAGCCUUUCCGGUGCCCCAGCUGGCAGUGGCAAUGCCCAGGUCACAGUCUAUGUGUAAAUCUCAGUAAAGUAUGUGACAAUCUUGCUGAUUGCCCUAAUGGAGCUGAUGAAUCACCCCUGUGCAACCAGGAGACCUGCUUGGAUAAUAAUGCGGGCUGCACGCAUGGUUGCCUUCAGGGCCCCUUUGGAGCCCAGUGCUCCUGCCCUUUCGGCUACCAACUUGCCAACGAUUCAAAAACCUGUGAAGACAUUAAUGAAUGUGACACCCCUGGGUUUUGUAGCCAACACUGCCACAAUGAAAGGGGGUCAUUCCGGUGUUACUGUGAUGACGGCUACAUCUUAGAAUCCAAUGGGAAGACGUGCAAAGUAACAGAAUCUGGGAAUCUUCUCUUGAUGGUGGCAAGCCGUAAUCAAAUUGUUGUUAAUAACAUAACUUCCCAGGCACAGCGCAUUUUUUCCUUGAUUCGAGAUGGAAGGAACAUUGUGGCUCUUGAUUUUGAUUCAGUGACUGAUAGGAUCUUUUGGUCUGAUAUCAGCCAGGACAAGAUUUGGAGUGCUUACCAGAAUGGAACAGACCGAAAAGUAGUAUUUGACAGUGGUGUCACAGUUACUGAAAGCAUCGCAGUGGAUUGGAUAGGCCGCAAUCUUUACUGGACAGACUAUGUCUUGGAAACAAUUGAAGUCUCCAGACUUGAUGGAAGCCAUAGGACUGUUCUGAUCAGUGAAAAUGUGACAAAUCCAAGAGGUCUAGUCCUAGAUCCGAGAACUGAUGGUCAUGUGAUGUUUUGGACCGACUGGGGUCAGAAUCCCCGAAUCGAAAGAGCAAGUAUGGACGGCACUUUACGAACGACCAUUGUCAGCAAUAAGAUCUAUUGGCCCAACGGACUCUCCAUCGACUAUCCCAACAGACUGUUAUAUUUUGCGGAUGCUUAUCUUGACUAUAUUGAUUUCUGUGAUUAUAAUGGAAACAACAGGCGGCAGGUGGUGGCAAGUGACCUGAUAUUGCGGCAUCCUCAUGCACUCACUGUCUUUGAGGAUUUCAUAUAUUGGACUGACCGAUACACCCAUCGAGUCAUCCGAGCAAACAAAUGGCAUGGGAGAAAUCAAACAGUAAUGAUCUAUAACGUUCAUCAGCCUCUAGGGAUCGUGGCAGUUCAUCGCGUGAAACAGCCUCCUGGUAUCAAUUUCUGUGACCGAUCCUACUGUAGUCACCUGUGUUUGCUUUCUUCAUCGGGUCCCCGGUUUUAUUCCUGUGCCUGCCCUUCUGGAUGGACUCUCUCCCCGGAUAAUGUGAACUGCAUGAGAGUGGAGAAGCCAUUCCUUAUAGCUGUAAGAGAUAACAUCAUUUAUGGAAUAUCUCUGAACCCCGAGGAGAAAUCCAACGAUGCCAUGGUCCCAAUAGCAGGAGUUCAGAAUGGAUACGAUGUUGACUUCGAUGAUUCAGAACAGAUGAUCUACUGGGUUGAAAAUCCAGGUGAAAUUCAUAGGGUGAAGUCAGAUGGCACCAACAGGACAAUCUUUGCCCCAGCUGCUGUUAUUGGUUCUCCAACGGGCCUGGCUUUAGACUGGAUAUCUGGAAACCUCUACUAUACUAACCCUUCGACACAAUCCAUUGAGGUAUUGACGCUCCACAGAGAAACCAUCUACCGAAAAACGUUGAUUACCAAUGAUGGUACUCCUAAAGGAUCUGGAAAGCCACUCGGUUUAACUGUCGAUCCUGCUCGAGGGAAAUUGUAUUGGACAGAUCAAGGAACAGAUAGUGGGAUCCCAGCAAAGGUUGCCAGCGCAAACAUGGAUGGGUCUGAUAUCAGAACUCUCUUCACGGGUAAUCUAGACCACGUCGAGUUUAUUACCAUUGAUAUCAAGGAACAAAAGCUGUAUUGGCCAGUCACAAGCACUGGAAUGAUCGAACGAGGGAAUGUGGAUGGUACAAAUCGGAUGACUUUGGUUGUUCACCUGUCCCACCCCUGGGGACUGGCUGUCUAUGGUUCUUUUCUCUACUACACUGACAGGGAUUAUGAAGUCAUUGAACGGGUUGACAAGUCAACUGGAGCAAACAAAGUGGUGUUGAGAGACAACAUUUCAGGACUAAAAUGUCUGCGGGUGUAUUACCGAGAUGAUUCUGCAGGUUCCUCCAAUGGCUGCAGCAACCAAGUUGGGACUUGUCAGCAUUUCUGUCUGCCUUUGCCGGGGGCCCUCUUCUCUUGUGCCUGCGCUACCGGCUUUCAGCUCAAUUCUGAUAAUAGGACCUGCUCUCCAUACAGUUCCUUUGUCGUUGUUUCCAUGCUGUCGGCAAUUAAAGGAUUUAGCUUAGAGACAUCUGACCACUCUGAAGCAAUGGUGUCCUUGGCAGGAAGAGGGAGAAAUGCAUUGCAUGUGGAUGUUCACAUGCCUUCAGGUUUCAUUUUCUGGUGUGACUUCAGCAGCCGAAUUCCAUCCCAGAAUGGAAUUCGUAAAAUCAAGCCGGAUGGCUCCAAUUUUAUGAAUGUUGUCACAAACGGGAUAGGAUUUAAUGGGAUCCGUGGCAUUGCCAUUGAUUGGGUAGCAGGAAACCUCUAUUUCACCAAUGCAUUCUUGACCGAAACAUUUAUUGAAGUUCUGCGUUUAAAUACCUCUUAUCGACGAGUGCUACUUAAAACCACAGUGGAUAUGCCACGGCAUAUAGUAGUCGAUCCCAAGAACAGAUACCUCUUUUGGGCAGACUACGGACAAUCUCCCAAAAUAGAGCGUGCGUUUCUUGACUGCAGCAACAGGACUGUGUUAGUGUCUGAAGGAAUUGUCACACCACGAGGAUUAGCUGUCGAUCAUAGCACUGGUUACAUUUAUUGGGUGGAUGAUUCCUUAGACAUGAUUGCAAGAAUUUCUCGUGAUGGCGGCGAGCCUGAAAUUAUCCGCUAUGGCAGCCGUUACCCAACACCGUAUGGCCUCACCAUUUUUGAAAACUCUAUCAUUUGGGUGGAUAGGAACUUGAAAAAAAUCUUUCAAGCUAGUAAAGAGCCAGGAAAUACUGAGCAGCCAAUGGUUAUAAGAGAUAACAUUGAUUGGUUGAGAGAUGUGACUAUUUACAAUAGCCAUUACCAGUCGCUGGCCCCGGCGGAUGUCAACUACAAUCCCUGCCUACAGAAUAACGGAGGCUGCGACCAUCUGUGCUUUGCUCUUCCUGAUCUGCAAACACCAAAGUGCGGGUGUGCAUUUGGAUUGCUGGGAAGUGAUGGGAAGAGGUGUUUUAUUUCAACAGAUAAUUACUUGAUCUUUGCUUUGGAGAAUGCCCUUAGAAGCACGCACCUGGAUCCUGAAAAUCACAGCCCUCCAUUCCAUACAAUGACCGUAUCAAGGAUUGCGGUCGCUCUGGACUACGACAGCACAAACAAUUUAAUAUAUUUUACCCAAAGUUCUUCGACAGGCCCAGGAAGAAUCAGCUAUAUCAGUCCCUAUUCUGGAAGUAGUAAUCCCACAGUAGUAGCAUCGGAUUUGGGAGCUCCAGAUGGCAUUGCCUUUGACUGGAUCAACAAUAGACUUUAUUACAGCGACUAUGUCAAUCAGACCAUCAGUUCAAUGGCUGUGGAUGGAUCUAAUCGUUCAGUAGUGGCUCGUGUCCCCCGGCCAAGGGCCAUUGUCUUGGAUCCUUGCCGAGGGUACAUGUACUGGACCGAUUGGAGCUCUAAUGCUAAGAUAGAACGAGCAACACUUGGAGGAAACUUCAGGAGUGCUAUUGUGAGCACCAACUUAGUAUGGCCAAAUGGUCUUACACUGGACUAUGAAGAACAGCGACUUUAUUGGGCUGACGCAAGUUUACAGAAGAUUGAACGCAGCUCCCUAUUGGGUGAAAACCGUGAGGUCGUCAUUAGCACCGCCCUUUAUCCAUUUGCAAUGACCCUAUUUGAUCAACACAUUUACUGGACAGACUGGAAUACCCGAAGUGUUUAUCGAGCCAACAAAUAUGAUGGGUCAGAUCAAAUUGUGAUGGUAUCAAACCUGCCAAACAGACCAAUGGAUAUUCACGUUUGGGCCAAAAGCAAGCAACAGCAGUGCUCCAACCCUUGCAACCAAUUUAAUGGUGGCUGCAGUCACAUCUGCGUGCCAGGCCCAGGUGGUGCGGAGUGUCAAUGUCCUGCCGAAGGACGCUGGUAUUUAGCCAAUAACAACAAGCAUUGUAUUGCGGACAAUGGUACCAGGUGUGGAAGUACCCACUUCACUUGUCUUAAUGGCCGUUGCAUCUCUGAACGCUGGAUAUGUGACAAUGAUAAUGACUGUAGGGAUGGCAGUGACGAGUUGGAAAGUGUGUGUGCUUUUCAUACCUGUCAGCCAACAGCUUUCACCUGCGGCAAUGGGCGAUGUGUACGCUACUCUUAUCGCUGUGAUCACUACAAUGACUGUGGAGACAACAGUGAUGAGGUGGGAUGCUUGUUCCGAACUUGUGACCCCCAGACAGAAUUUACUUGCAAUAAUGGAAGGUGUAUCUCUCUUCAAUACGUCUGCAACGGUGUGAACAACUGUUACGAUAAUGGCACUUCAGAUGAGAGAAAUUGCCCUGAACGUACUUGUCCCUCUGGUUAUACGAAAUGUCAGAGUACCAACAUAUGCAUUCCACGAACUUAUCUUUGUGACGGGGAUAAUGACUGUGGCGACAUGAGUGAUGAGAGCCCCACUCACUGCGCCUCACUGACUUGUACCAGUAGUGAGUUUCGUUGCACAUCUGGACGUUGCAUUCCUGCUCAUUGGUACUGUGAUCUAGCAGCGGAUUGUGCUGAUGGCUCGGAUGAACCUUCCUCUUGUGUUACUUCUGAACGGAGCUGUUCAAGUAGGCAGUUUAGAUGUGAUGGCGGCAGAUGCAUACCAGCUACAUGGAUCUGUGAUGGUGAUAAUGACUGUGGUGACAUGAGCGAUGAGGACCAAAGACACAACUGUGCAAAUCGCAGCUGCUUAGCCACUGAAUUCACAUGUGUGAACAAUGUGCCCCCUUCAAGAAGAUGUAUUCCUAGGGCUUGGGUCUGUGAUGGGGAUGCGGACUGCAGCGAUGCUUACGAUGAGCAUCAGAACUGCACUAGGAGGCCAUGCUUGAACAGUGAAUUCACAUGUAGUAAUGGACUGUGCAUCCGUAGCACUUACAGGUGUGACCGCCGAAACGAUUGUGGGGAUGGCAGUGAUGAGAGGGCUUGCACCUAUCAGCCAUGCCAACAGCACCAGUUUACCUGUCAAAAUGGCCGCUGCAUCAACAAAGCUUACCUCUGUGAUGGGGACAAUGACUGCGGGGAUGAGUCCGAUGAGCUAGAGCAUCUUUGCAUUACCCCAGAAGCAACUUGUGCUCCCCACUAUUUUACAUGUGACAAUGGGAACUGCAUUGAAAUGAUCAAAGUCUGUAACCGGAUAGAUGACUGCAGUGAUAAUAGUGAUGAGAAGGGAUGUGGCAUUAAUGAAUGCAACGAUCCUUCAAUUAGCAACUGUGACCACAUCUGCACAGAUAUCCAGACUAGUUUCUACUGUUCGUGUCGUCCUGGGUACAGACUCAUGUCCAACAAAAGGUCUUGCGAUGACAUAGAUGAAUGCAGUGAAACACCGUCAAUAUGUAGCCAGAUGUGUGAGAACACCGUUGGCAGCUACAUCUGCAAGUGUGCCCCAGGCUACAUUCGUGAACCUGACGGGAGAAGUUGCCGGCAGAACAGCAACAUCUCACCUUAUCUUAUCUUUAGCAAUCGCUACUAUCUGAGAAAUCUCACCACAGAUGGCCGGCUUUACUCUCUCAUUUUGCAAGGACUCAGAAACGUGGUGGCUCUGGAUUUUGACCGGGUGGAAAAAAGGCUCUACUGGAUUGAUGUCGGCAGGAAGGUCAUAGAAAGAAUGUUUUUCAAUGGGACAAACAAAGAAACAAUAAUUGGUGACGGUGUGCCCAACGGUGAAGGCAUUGCUGUUGACUGGGUUGGAAGAAAACUGUACUGGGUAGAUGCCCAUAAAGAUUGCCUCUAUGUAGCUGAGCUCGAUGGCAGAUUCAAGAAAAAACUAAUUGAUCGGUGCUUGGAUCCUGACAACACCUUCUGUUUUCAGUAUCCUAGAGCAAUUGCUGUUCAUCCUAAAUAUGGGCAAGUCUACUGGACAGAUUGGGCACAGCGAGCGUAUAUCGGACGCGUGGGAAUGGAUGGCAAGAAUAAGACGGUGAUUAUCUCUGCCAAGUUAGAGUGGCCUAAUGGACUUACCAUAGAUUACACCAACGACAAGCUCUACUGGGCAGACGCCCAUCUAAACUACAUUGAGUAUUCAGAUCUUGAUGGCCAACACCGUCAUACUGUGUAUGAUGGGGUAUUACCUCAUCCGUUUGCAAUUACGAUUUUUGAGGAUACCAUCUAUUGGACUGACUGGAACACAAGGACCAUUGAAAAGGGAAAUAAAUAUAACGGAGCAGGCAGAAUGGUUCUCGCGAACACCACUCACCGGCCCUUUGAUAUUCACGUCUAUCACCCAUACAGGCAACCCAUAGUAAGCAAUCCUUGUGGGACCAACAACGGUGGCUGUUCUCAUCUGUGCCUAAUAAAAAAUGGUGGCUCUGGUUAUUCCUGUGAAUGUCCUGAUAACUUUAUGGUAGUGCAGUUGGGCAGCACAGGUCAUUGCCUCCCAAUGUGCUCCAGCACUCAAUUCCUGUGUGCUGACAUUGAAAGAUGCAUUCCUAUCUGGUGGAAAUGUGAUGGCCAAAGGGAUUGUCGGGAUGGGUCCGAUGAACCUCCCACAUGUCCAGUUAGAUACUGCCGCGUCGGGCAAUUCCAGUGCAAUGAUGGCAACUGUACUAGUUCCCACUACUUGUGCAACAGUGUUCCAGAGUGUCCUGAUGGAUCCGAUGAGGAUCAUGUGCUUUGUGCCAAUCACCAAUGCGAAUCUCACCAGUGGCAAUGUGCCAACAAGCGAUGCAUCCCGGAAGCCUGGCAGUGUGACCGAGAAGAUGACUGUGGUGAUAAUUCAGAUGAGGAUAGCGCUCAUUGUGCCAGCAGAACUUGUCUUCCAGGCCAGUUUGCGUGUAACAAUGGCCGAUGCAUCCCCCAGACCUGGAAAUGCGAUAUGGAUAAUGAUUGUGGUGAUAACUCAGAUGAACCAUUCCAUGAAUGCAUGGGUCCUGCCUAUCGAUGCGAUAAUUAUACAGAAUUUAGCUGUAGGACCAAUUACCGCUGUGUCCCUCUCUGGACUGUCUGCAAUGGUUACAAUGACUGCAGAGACAACAGUGAUGAACAAGGCUGUGAAUCCCUGACUUGUGAUCCUUUGGGAGAUUUCCGCUGUGAGAAUCACCGGUGUAUUCCACUGCGAUGGAAGUGCGAUGGAAACGACGACUGUGGCGAUGACUCCGAUGAACAAAACUGCAGUCCUCGUGAAUGCACAGAAAGUGAGUUUCGGUGUGCAAACCUGCGCUGCAUUCCUUCUCGGUGGCUGUGUGACCAUGACAAUGAUUGUGAAGACAACUCAGAUGAAGUAGACUGUGAACUAAGGACCUGCCACCCGGGUUUUUUCCAGUGCAACAGUGGCCACUGUAUUGGAGAACAAUUUCGGUGUGAUGGGAGUGCCGACUGCCUGGAUUUCUCUGACGAAGCUUCUUGCCCCACUCGCUAUCCAAAUGGUUCUUACUGUCCGCCUUCAAUGUUUGAGUGCAAGAACCACAUCUGUAUUCAGCCCUACUGGAAAUGUGAUGGCGAUGACGACUGUGGAGACGGGACAGAUGAAGAACUUCAGUUCUGCUUGGACGUUGUCUGUGAGCCCCCUCACCGCUUUCGUUGUGAGAAUAAUCGCUGCAUCUACAGCCAGGAGUUGUGUAACCAGGAGGAUGACUGUGGAGAUGGAAGCGAUGAGAAAGAAGAGCAUUGCAAAGAACCUACUCCCCAGCCUUGCACUCCUGAAGAAUUUAAGUGUGGUAAUGGAAAUUGUAUCCCACUGCAUUAUGUCUGUGAUAAUUAUGACGACUGUGGAAACCAUUUUGAUGAGCUCGGCUGCAAUCCCGGAACAGGCAGAACAUGUGCUGAAAAUAUCUGUGAACACAAUUGUACCGACCUAAAUGAAGGAGGCUUUAUAUGUUCCUGCAGGUCUGGAUACAAGCCCAAUGACCUGGACAGGAAUAGCUGUGAUGAUGUCAACGAAUGUGAAGUCUUCGGCUCUUGUCCACAGCUUUGUAUGAAUUCCAAAGGAAGUUAUGAAUGCUUUUGUGCUGAAGGAUUUCGAUCUGUUGGGGAUCAGCAGGGAAGGCAAUGUGCAGCCAAUGGUAACCCACCAAUCUUACUUCUCCCUGAUAAUGUCCGUAUUCGGAGAUACAACAUGUCAUCUGAGCAAUAUUCAGACUAUAUUGAAAAUGAGGAACACAUUCAAGCAGUAGACUAUCAUUGGGAUCCUGAAGGAAUUGGCUUAAGUGUUGUAUACUACAGCAUUCUUGGACGUGGAUCACAAUUUGGUUCCAUCAAACGUGCUUAUAUCCCCACAUUUGAAAGCAGUGGAAAUAAUCCUGUGAAAGAAGUUGACCUGAACCUUAGAUACUUGGUCAGUCCUGUUGGUUUAGCAGUGGAUUGGGUUGGCAGGCACCUUUAUUGGACUGAUUCUGGGACAAACAGAAUAGAGGUGGCAAAACUUGAUGGGAGAUAUCGGAAAUGGUUAAUCUAUUCUCUGCUGGAUCAGCCAGCUGCCAUAGCAGUCAACCCUAAGCUUGGGUUAAUGUAUUGGACUGAUUGGGGAAGGCAGCCAAAAAUUGAAAGUGCCUGGAUGGAUGGACAGCAGAGGAAUACACUGGUUUCUGAAGAUCUUGGCUGGCCAACUGGACUUUCUAUUGAUUAUUUGAACAGUGACAGGAUCUACUGGAGUGACGAGAAGGAAAAUCUAAUUGAAUCUAUGAAGUUUGAUGGAACAGAUAGAAAGGCUGUUUUACAUGGAGGUAUCAGCCCAUAUAGCCUUGAUGUGUUCGAAGGUCAUCUGUAUUGGACAUCGAAAGAAAGAGGAGAAGUCUGGAAAAAAGACAAGUUUGGAAAUGGAGAAAAAGUCAAACUGUUAACCAUAAACCCAUGGCUCACUCAAGUCCGGAUCUAUCACCAACACAGAUACAACCAGUCAGUAUCCAAUCCGUGCAAAGAUAUCUGCAGCCACCUCUGUUUGUUGAGACCUGGGGGAUAUACCUGUGCUUGUCCGCAAGGUGCUAGUUUUGUGGAAGGCAGCUCAGAAGACUGUGACGCAGCUAUUGAAUCUCCACCAACAAUGCCCCCGGCCUGCAGGUGUAUGUAUGGCGGAACAUGCUACUUGGAUGAAAGCGAGCUUCCUAAAUGCAAGUAUGUCUUUACGGAUGGACCAAGAAAGACUUAACAAACCAAAUAGCAUGCAUGGAUGGCAUUGUCUGUAUGGUGGGCAGGGGGAGGCAGAAUGAUGAAAGCAGCGUAGUGAUGUCAUGAUGCAAGAAUGACUUCUUUUGGACCUGCAUUUUGGCACUGUGUGUAUGACCCAAAGCAAUGGCGCUUAGGGCACAAUAGCAAUAGCAUUUAGACUUACAUAUCGCUUGACAGUGCUUUACAAUCCUCUCUAAGUGGUUUUACAGAGUCAGCAUUUUGCCCCCAACAAUCUGGGUCCUCGGAAGGGUGGAAGGCUGAGUCAACCUUGAGCCGCUGAGACGCGA